GAGCGUAUUCUAUCAAGAACGCGUUUACGUUGCAACUGUGUUUUGGACUAUUUGGUAACCACUAAGUGUCAAACUCAAAGUCAAAACAGACACACAGACAGCGUUCUCGAACUUGCUUGGUCUUGGAGGAUUGCUUCGAGUGCAUUGAUCCCUUGUAAUCAUGAGUAGUGGAAAAGAUUAUGAUUAUCUCAUCAAGUUUUUGGCCUUGGGAGAUUCUGGUGUUGGAAAAACUAGUUUUCUCUAUCAGUACACUGAAGGCAUAUUUCAGCAGCAGUUCAUUUCAACUGUUGGAAUUGACUUCAGAGAAAAACGGCUGAUCUAUCGAGGAGAUGGCACUGGUCGACCCCAGGGAGUUCAUCUUCAGCUUUGGGAUACAGCUGGACAGGAAAAGUCAUCCGUCGUAAGCUCCUAUUGGUGCUCCUCGAGAAGGUCAUUGAUGUCGUCCUCGUCGACGACCAGCCCCAUGGACUUGCCGAGUGCAACGAUCUCGUCAAGAUCUGGUUGCGAAACAGUUUCAGGAUCAUCAACUGUUCCUGAAUCUGCAGCACCAGCUUCGCCCACGUCGAAUCCCUUGAAGUCUCGGGUGGAUACGGCAUCAGGCCAGAGUUUCCUCCACGAGGAAUUCAAGACACAUGCAUACUGUGACAAUCCUGACAUAAUAUUAUGUGGGAAUAAAGUAGACUUGAGCGACCAGCGAAUUAUAUCAGAGCAGCGAGGAAAGGAAGUUGCAGAGAAAUUUGGGCUUCACUAUAUAGAAACUUCAGCUGCAUCAGGCCAAAAUGUUGAAGCUGCUGUUAACUAUCUCCUUGAUGCAGUUAUGAAGAGAAUGGAACUGGCAGUAGAUUCCAGUCGUCUUCCAGGCCGGAGGGGCAGAGCAAAAACGCUAAAUCAAGAGGAUGAUGAAGCAGAGAUGGAUUCCAGUUGUUCUUGCUAGUGAAAGUCAUUCUAACUUUUAAGUUUUUGUCAACUGCCUAGUCAUUACUAGUAAUUUGAAUUUUCAGGUAUUUUUGAGUUAAGCUUACACAAAACUAUCCUUUUGAAGUGUAUCCUCUAGUUCGUUGAAAUCUGUUUUUUAUUUAAGUAGAAUAAAUUCUUAUGUAGUCUCAUCACAUGUACAUUGUGAUCCAUUAAGUAGUAAAUAAAAGUGUCAUAUCAUUAA